CACAGACACCAAGAGAUGUUUCCCACUGGGGCCCUCGUUGUCUUCUGUGGGCUGCUGGCCCACGCCACAGCCCAGCUCGCAGGCCUGCCCGUGCCCGUGGACCCGAUUGCGCUUGAGGAUCAGUCUCCAGCCCUGCCUUCAAAUCCCCAGGAUCUUGCUGGAAGCUUGACAGGGGCUCUCGGCAAUGGCCUGCUCUCCGGGGGUCUGCUGGACAUUCUGGAAAACCUCCCGCUUCUGGACAUCCUGAAGACUGAAGGGGGCACUUCCGGUGGCCUGGUUGGAGGCUUACUUGGGAAACUGACUUCCUCUCUCUCCAUCCUGAACAACAUCCUCUCGACAACCCCUCAAGGUCAGCUUAAUGAUGCCCAGUUCUCAGAUGGGGACAUGAGCACAGGGUCAGGCCUGAGCUCACUCAAUGAGACGCAGAGCAAGGAAUGUCACUCUAACCUCCUGAACCUCGUGGACAACCUCACGGGCAUCUUGAAUAAAGUCCUUCCUGAGCUGGUGCAGGGCAAGGUGUGCCCUCUGGUCAACGACGUUCUCAAACUCUUGGAUGUCACCCUGGUGCAUGAUAUUAUUCACAAGCUGGUCAACGGAGUGGGAUUAGUCCUCAAGGUCUAGGCCUUGCAGGAUGGACCCUGGUCUCUGCUCAUCUGGUUAGUGUGGCUCCCUGCUCCACAGGAUCUGGGACAGUCUGUACUCUGCUGGUAGAAGGCAACAUGACAUCUACAUUAGUCAGCUAUCAAUCACUGUCAUGAAAUGUCUGAAUUAAUUAACUUAUAGAGACAAAA